CCAAAAUACACGCACGUCCUGGCCGACCUGCCUCUGUUCCCAUCGACAAUGGUCUCUUCCAACUACAGCAAUGUUCCCACGCCCGUGCCGUUUCCACAGCCCGACGACAUCGACAAUGAAGACGCAUCGACUCCUGCCACCCGCAAGCGAAGCUCUACCAGCGCCUCAGCCAUGUCGAAUAGAUUGCGCACCGCGACUGGACGACUGAUGGAGGCGAGCCCGCCACCGGGAAUGUGGGCAGCCACGGGUCACGCCGUAGCCAAGGCCCCCUCUCUUAAAGACAUCAGGACUGGCUCUUUUGGAUCCGAUGGCUGGAACGAGCAUGCCCAGCGUAGCCGAGCAGGUUCUCGCGCGUCGCGCUCUACGGCUGCAACAACAACAGCGUCGUCUGAGCAGACGGACCGCCCGCGUGGUGCGGCUCGCAAGACUUCGUCGAUUAACAUACUCGCCAGCGAAACUUUCCCUGCCGUGGCCGAAGAAGAUGCGCAUCACGAAGCACAGCACGACGGCCAGCAUGACAGCACUGCGGCUGGCAUGCAGCCGAAGCAAAGCGGUGAAAAAGCAGCAGAGCCCAUCCAUCAUGACAGGCCACACACCCCCAAGAGGACAUCUUCAGGACAUUAUGCGAACGGCUACGUCCCGCCCCCCAAACUCCCGUGGACACAGGCCUUUGCUAUCGGCCUCAGGAGCUUCUGGAAGUGGUUCCUGACCCCUUUGGGCUUCUUCAUCACAUUAUACGGCCUCAAUGUUGUCGCAUGGGGCGGCAUGUUGUUCCUCCUUCUCUGCAACGCCGCGCCCGCCAUGUGCAAGCCCGACUGCAAUGACAUCAACUCACCACGCCGAAAGUGGAUAGAGAUUGAUUCGCAAAUCCUCAACGCCCUCUUCUGCGUUACAGGUUUCGGUCUGGCGCCAUGGCGGUUUCGCGAUCUAUACUGGUGGGGAUGGUGGCGAAUUAGCGGUCCAAAGCGCAGAGUAACGGGCAUUCGACGGCUGGCGGGCAUACAUCGAGGGUGGUUUCGACUUCCUGGCUCCGAUGAAUUACCAGAUGAUGCCGACGCGACCGUCGUCGAUCCCAAAAACCCUGCAGUACCCAUCCCUGUCACAGCCAUCCCGGACCCGCCCCCAACAGCCAUCCGUGCCCCGCCAACCAGGAGCUGGACCAUGGAUCUUGUCGUCUGGUUCAACGUCUUGAACACGCUGCUUCAGGUCCUCCUGUGCUUCUACAUGUGGCAUUACAACCGUAUCAACAGGCCAUCAUGGGCCACGGGACUGUUUGUCGCCCUGGCCUGUAUUGCAUCGGGUAUAGCGGGCAUCGUCACGUGGCAGGAAGGCAAACAAGUUAAGAAAUUCGAGGGUGUCCCCGUGACCAAGGACUACAAGGACGAGGCUAAAGACGCAGAAGCCUCGGCAGGCAUACCAUUGGUCACAGCCGGUGUGGCGCCAAAAUCCUGAUAUGCUGCCCAGCUUUUGUUCUUUGCGCAGCAGCAUUGUCGACGACGCUGAUUGGAGACGGCGAGCCCUGCGUAUUUCUUGGCGUUCGGCCGAGCCGGGACUUGCUUCUGACGUUAUCGCCAUGACAGCCUCAAAGAUCCCUCAGUUUGCACACACGGGGUUUACAGUAUUAGCAUCAGUACGUAAUCACAUACCUAUGGGACUUGUUUAUUGAAUCAAAUCGUGUCUAUGGGAUUCGC